GGUUCCUUCAAACACUUCUAGAUAAAACCACCACCACCAUAUCCUCUAUCAUCUGCAAUAGUAAGAGCAGAGCAGAGCAGUAAUGGCUACUACAACUCAUCUUUGUUUUUCUCCAUCUAUUUCAGUUUCUUCUGUCUCUUCACACAAAUACCAAAAAGCUAACUUUCUUAUUCCCAAGACAAGUCAAUCUCGAAGAAUUAGCACGAUAAUACGUUGCAAUACAGACCCAUUGGGUGAUUUUGGGGCAAGAGACCCAUUUCCAGAGGAAAUAGAGAGUCAAUUUGGUAGCAAGGUUUUGGGUUUUUCAGACACGGAGCACAAAAUUCUAAUUCCAACUGCUUCUGCUUUGUCACUUGCUCAGCAAGAAUGCACUGUUAUCUCUCCUGAUCAGACUCCCUUGUCGGAUUAUGAAGCUCGCCAGCUUCUAUUUAAGGUUGUUGGCUGGAAACUAUCACGUGAAGAUGGGCUGCUUAAACUACAAUGUACAUGGAAAUUAAGAGACUUCAACUGUGGGGUUGAACUGAUCAAUAGAAUAGGCAAGGUGUUGGAAGGCACAGGGCACCUCCCCACACUUCAUCAAUUAGAACAGUCUAAUCAAGUUCAUGCUGAGCUGUGGACUCCUUCCAUUGGAGGUUUGAGCAUGAAUGAUUUCAUUGUAGCUGCUAAAAUUGAUCAGAUAAAGACAUCAGACCUUGUCCCAAGAAAACGAGUCUGGGCAUGAUCAGAUAUAUAGCUUUGCGAACCGCACCAAUUACAGUUUCCAGAAUUACAUUCGCUUAUUCUUUUCAGCGAUAAAACCUUGUCUAAGCAAUGGCAUGGAUUUUAUUGCAUUGAUUUUGUAUUAAGCUUUAGAACUAAUAAGAUACUACCUGCAUUUACAAUAGAGAUUAGAGAUAAUGGUUUGCCAUAAUCUAAUUCUCGGAACCAAUUGCAGAAGCAUUAAUAGCAGAUUUAUCUUGAAAUGUGAUGGAAAAAUAUAGAUAGUAAAAACAUAUCUUCUUUUCAAAGGAGUAAUGUUCUCCAUCUGAAAA